GAAAAUAAUACUUAGGUCAGCAAAUCUGCCCUACAACCAAAUAUAAAUUGCUAUAAAAUAAAAAAUGGAAAUAGAAUCUUAGUUUAAGCAUAGUGAAUCAAAAAUAGAUUGGAUGGAUGAUUGGCAGGAGUCCAUCUUCACCAUAAGCGCUCAACAAAAGAAAAAAAGUACUUUCGAUUUCUCAGAGAAUGUUUCUGCUGAGAGAAUCUACGAGGGGGAGGAUCCAUGGGGGGUAACAAAAAAAAGAAAAACGUUUUUUUUUUUUAAGUCACUUUCACUGGAGCUUAGCAGCCAAUUAUUGAAGGUCUCCUAACAGCAGGCUGUGUGCGGACCAGCGCAGGACACAGGUGUUCCCCACAGCCCGCAUGGACCUCUGAGAUGCUGCUGAAACGCAACGGACGGCUCUGUGUGAUGGUUGUGACCUGCAUGUUUUUCUCAAGAGGAUAUCUGUGGUCCUUCCGAGAGGAGGACAGCGACGAUGCAGUCAGAGGGGACUGCUCGGAAGGCAACGUCGCCACCACCAGGUACCCGUGCCUGAAGUCCAGCGGGGAGAUCACCACGUGUUACAGGAGGAAAUGUUGUGAGGGGUUCAAGUUUGUGCUGGGCCAGUGCAUUCCUGAAGAGUACGAUGUGUGUGCCAGCGCCCCCUGUGAGCAGCAGUGCACCGACCACUUUGGCCGUGUGGCGUGCACCUGUUACCGCGGUUACCGCUACGACCGCGAGCGACACCGGAACCGCGAGAAGCCCUACUGCCUAGACAUCGACGAGUGCUCCAACCGGACCCUGAGCAGAUGUGCCCAGGGGUGUGAGAACUCGGCCGGCAGCUACAGGUGUGUGUGCGAGCGGGGCUACUUUCUGGAGGAGGACGGGAGGUCCUGCACCAAGGGGGACAGAGCCCCUCGCCUCUCUGUGAAGUCUGAGAACUUCAUGCACGCAGGCACCUGCUCGGCCACCUGCGAGGACUUCCACCAGAUCAAAAUGGCCGUCCUGCAGUUGAAACAAAAGAUGACCCUGAUCCCCGGCUACCCCGAGGUGCCGGAGCAGAUGACCAAUCAGAAGAGGGUGACCUCACCCGCAUUCCUACCGGGCCCUCCGGGUUUGCCUGGACCUCCAGGUAACAACGUAAACUGUCGUCGUCGUAAUGAAAUUAAACUGAACACUAUGUCUCUUUUCCAUGAACAAUUGACCAAUGCAAACAGGGGGAGGACCGGGGACGAUGAUGAGGCUGAACCCGUGGUCUGGUGUGUGUUCUUGGUUCAACAGGGCUCCUCCGGUGCUCCGGGAAGAGACGGGACCAAGGGGCAGAGGGGAGCUACAGGGCAGCCUGGACCGGCAGGCCCGCCAGGUUCCUUUGACUUCCUGCUGCUGCUGAUGGCCGACAUCCGCAACGACAUCGCCCAGCUGCAGGACAAGGUGUACGGUCGGGCCGUGCCCUUCCCCGGCCUCGAGGACGGAGCCCCCGCCGUACCCGACAGCUGGAGGGUCGGGCCCCCGGACGGGUCCCCGGACGGACCCCUGGACGGGCCCCUGGACAGUGGCGAGACGGGCUCCGGAGAGGACUAUAGAGACAGGAGGCCCUGGGCCGGGACGGGCCCCAAGAAGAGCAGGAAGAGGAAAAUGAUCCGGAGCUCCGAUUGGACGAAUUGAAAACAUUAAAGAUAAAAUGGGGGCGGGUCUUUUUAUGGGUUGAUUGAUUGAUUGCUAAUUUAACACGGAGCAGAAUAGUUUAUAUAUUCCUUUUUGUCUAAGAGAUCUUUAUUUUUGUAUACUUUUUCUUACGGUUGUCCUAUUUUUAUAUAUGAGGUAUUUUAUUUGUAAUUGUCUCAGUGCAUGUGUAGUCUUGCAUUUUAACCAAUCUCCUUCAUAGGUAUCUGGACGUCCUACAUUAAAGCUAACCUGCUGUCCUUACACACAGCCUUCUGUUCUGCCCUUUGCGCGCUGAUAAAGACACAGGUUCAGUACAAGGGUGACUAUUUAGUUUUUCCACCUUUAUUCACUCAUGUUAGUCACAGUUAUAUAAUUAUUGGUGAUGAAAUUAGUUAUGUAAUGCAGCGUAAAUCACAGUGAUCUCAAAUGAAUCAAUCGCUUGCGCCCUUUUGGAGUACAGACAGAGUAACUGCCAUAUGUUAGCCACUGUUUGAACAACGAUUUAAACAAAUCUGGGUCAAAUCCUAAACAGAUUGUUAUUUUCUAUCAAGCGGCCAUCAAUAGCUCAAAUUGAUUUGAUCAUUGAUCUCACAUAUAUCUUACUAUAGCCUAGUCCCAUUCAACAAAGAAAUGUGUUACUUCUACAGGUGCUACUGGUUUAAUCUUGUUUAUCGUUAUAACGUGUAUCCAUCCCAUCUUGUCUUAAAUACUCUACUUUCUUAAGAAAGAGCAGACUCAUCUCAUUGACAUUUUUCAUUGAAAAGUCACUAUAACAAGAUGUUACACAUGAAUUAUGGUAUAUAAAUUGAUAUUUAUGCUA